UGGUGAUUGGACCAGGACCCAAACCUCUCGUUGAUUCGGUGACAAGACAAUUGAAGCUUUUGUAAAACUGGACAAUUGGAUCUAUAAACUUUUUGUUUAAUUGUUUUCAUAUACUUAGGUUGGAAUGCCGAGAAGGAAGAAAAGCGAGGGAUGGAUACGCAAGCGCCGUGCUCCAGUAGCGCCGCGAUGGCGCCGGAGGUCGCAAGCAGGCGAUUCCAGCUCCAGCAGGAAGAAAGAAUUGGAUAUGGAGAGCGUGACUGUGACCCCGGAUCAAGUUCGCGGGUGGUGUGCCACGGACGAGACCGCUGUGGACGCGUUCCAGGGCUGGGCGAGCAAGAGGAGCGAGAGCAGGAGAGAAUGUGGGAUUGGAAGAGCAGGAGAUUUGAGGCGGCCUCCGGUUGUUUCGAUUGCUCCUCCUCUGGAUCGAGCUGCGCUUAGGCCGGGGCAUGUCUUGGAGAUUGCUGGGCCUAGUGGGUCUGGAAAGACUGAAUUGCUUAUCCAGGCUGCUGUUUCGUGUGUUCUUCCAGCAAGUUUUAACGGAGUUUCUUACGGAGGAUCGGAAGCUGUGGUUCUCAUGUUUGAUCUGGAUGGGAGAUUCGACAUAGCGCGUCUGACCAGCGUGCUCAAAGCUCGUAUUAAUGAGGCACAUAAGGAUGAUACAGCUUCGAAUUCGAUUUGCUUGGAAGAGCAAGGAGAGGAGGUUUUGAGGGCCAGCCUGAGACGCUUUUAUUGCUUGAGGUGUUUCAAGAGCUUUGAAUUCCUGGCAUCUCUCAAGAGCCUUCACAUCCAGUCAAGCAGGAUAUCUCAAGAGCACCACGGCAAAGCAGUACAGCUAGUUCUUAUCGACGGUAUUGGCUCGUUUUAUUGGCUGGAUUGGAUGUCUAGCUGUGCUGCUGCUUACACCAGUCGAAGAACGCUCGGUGUCCAGCGUUUUUCCGAGCUGAUUGUCCAAGAGCUACGUAACCUUCGCAACACCAAGCUUUUCUUGGUUCUGGCAACGAAGGCUCUCCUUUAUGCACCUCCCAAGAGGAAAGCCAUCGCUUCUCGCAUCCAGUACCGCGAGUACAUGCCGGCAGCUUGGCAGAACGCAGAGAUUUGUGACGCACAGACUUUUCCUUCAGCCGCCGCCCCAGGCGGCGUCAGGAGCUCGCGUCUUCACUGCUCAGUGGGACAAGCCUUCACUGGUGGAGAAAGACGAGUUUUUCAUACACAAUCAUGGUGUCCAAGUUGUCACCAAAAUCGUAGACGAGCACCUCUAAGGCACCUCUAAGAACGCAAGAAUGUUUUGGAUUUGGGAGUCUCGUGCAUAGUCUCUUGUGUUUCAGGCUCACUUCGAUCUCGUGAUCGCCCCUGUAAAAUGCUGCGAGCAUCCAACAUGCUCCCACACUUUGUCUCGUGGCUCGCCUUGAGCUUGUUCUGUCCAUGACGAAUUUCGGAAGCGGAGCAUGGUCCUCAGGUUGAUAUUUCUCAAUUCUGGCGUUGGGAAUCGAAAGAACUGGCUGGCGGAUGAUGAAAGCAUAAUCGCCAGCACCUUGAGUUGGGAAAACUCGGCAACUUUGAGCUCACCAAGUUCCAGAGCUAAGCUUUCUUCGAAACAACAAAGAUGAAAGGCCCAAAGCCUUAGUAACAACGUCAAUUCAACUUAAGCCAUUCUCUUA